AUGCUUGCAUCAUUUGGACUUCGCUUUGCAACAAAGAAGCUUCCAAUCAAGCCACUUGGCUCCCGUCUCAUUGUAGAAUUCGAUCAGCAAAUGAAAACAAAGCAAGGAAAUCUUUACAUCCCUGAAUCUGCACAAAAAGUUCCAAAUCAAGCUACAAUUCUCGCUGUUGGCCCAGGAUCAUAUGUAGAUGGCCAUUUCAAACCAACACAUAUGAAACCAGGCCAAAGAGUUUUGAUGCCCGAUUUCGGCUUCCAAAACGUUAAAGUUGAAGGCAAGGAAUAUACAAUUAUGAACGAAGAUGAUGUUCUCGCCAUCUUUGAAUAA